GGAAUUCUCGUUCGGUCCAGAGACGAGCUCUCGAUCUUUUCUGCAUGAGAGUGGUGGAGGCGAUCGCGUCGGCCAGGUGGCACUCGGGGCUGGAUGCAGAUCCUCCCGGGGAAUCGUCCUCCUUCAGGGGACGACGCUGGCUGUAUAUAGCAGCAGCAGCAGCAGCCUGUACAAGAUCGAACGAGAGUCUCACGGGGCCCAGCAAGGUCCGAUCGGAUCGACGAAGAAGCAACGAAGCUCUGAAUCUGGUGCGGUCGAGGUAUAAGAAGUGCCACGGGGUGAGGAGGCCCUUCGGCCGAUUAGUUGGUAGGAGGAAAAGCGCACUUGUUCGGACACAGUGGGCGAUUGUGGGGCCGGCCUCGGAGCAGACGGAAGAUUCGGACGAGUGCCGCAUGGUUAGGGCUUUGACCGGGACACCGCAUAUGCCACAUUCUUCUUCGUUUGCGUGGCUUUUCAUAAGCUGGGUUUAAGGCCAUGGACGACGCUUUGGACAGAAGGAUGCGCGAAGCUGUGGGGUGGGGCCUGGGUGUCGUCGAGGCCAGCGUACAGACACGACGACGAAGACGAAGUGGACUGCGAGGAAGUUGACCCAAUUGCUCUCGGCAGCGCUCGGUCGGUCCGCUUUGGCUCCUGGACUUUCACGCCGAUUGAUUGCAUCCCGGGGCCAGAGCCGAGUGCGGACGCUCAUCUUGUGAUGUGCAUUUCUUUAGAAGCGGUCGGGACGGCAGCAGCAGCGGGCGUCGAGAGCGCGUCGAGAGCGAAAUGGCUCGUGUCGUGCCCUCAUCAUCGAGCCCGUCGAAGUCAAUUGAUGCUGGGAUUGCUUGCGUAGGUUGAUUGUGCUGAACCCUGUGAGGGAGGUCCAGGCCGGAGGAAAUUUUAGCGAGGCUCUGCACAGGUUGUGGUCGAGUGCUUCAUGUGUGCUCGUCGGAUUGAGGAAGAAGAGCAUUCUCGCGAGGAAGAGCGGGUGAGAUUCCAGCGAGGAGACUUUGUGCUGCCGAGGAUGUGAGAAGUUCGGGCUCUGGCAUCGUUAGCCAGCCAGAGGUCGCAUGCAGUGGUAAGGAGCUGUGACAAAUCGGCCCAGCCUCGAUCGGUUAGCUCCGAUCCUCCAGCGCGAGCAAGAUGGUGCUCGAGCUGAUACCGCUCGGCACUCUGUUGACCCUGUUGACGUCGCAAGUUCUGGAGACUGCCGUGGCUGCUCAGGAUGUUCUCUUCGAGAAAGAAAGCUUCAGGAUAUUGUCGAACUUCCUUCAGGAUAUUCAGCCCUUGCUGGUGGAGUUGAGACGGCAGGACAUGAAAGAUUCGCCCGCCGUGAGAACAGCAUUGGAAUCCCUCCAGGAUGAUCUCAAGAAAGCCCGAACUCUGAUCGAUACCUGUACCAGCAAGCCCAAGAUGUAUCUGCUGGUAAAUUGUCGCUCCAUCGUCCGAGAGACUCAGGAGAUCACUCGGAACGUAGGCAAGUCCUUGGAGCUUCUGGCCCUGGCCAGCGCCGAAGUGGCCGGGGAUAUUAGUGUGAAUGUGAGCAGGUUGAAACAGCAGAUGGUCAGUGUCAAGUUUCAGACUUCGGAAUCCAAGCUCCUUGUGAUCAAUAAGCUCGAGCAAGGUUUACGAGAACAUAGAACCGAUCAAGGGUUUGCGAAUGAUCUUCUGGUGGAUAUCGCCAGAGCUGUAGGAAUCCCGGUGAAUGCGUCCGAGAUCAGCAGAGAGCUCGCGAGCUUCAAACGGGAGAAGGAAGAGGCCGCAUUGAGGAAGGAGCGCGAGGAGGAGGCGUUUAUGGAGCAGGUCAUCACCCUGCUCUCUCGAGCUGAUUCUUCCUACCUUCCCGACUCUUCUAAUCAGACGUAUUGGGGAAGGGUUAGGAGCAUAAGAAACACUGUCAACACCACCAAGCUCAUCCUGCCGCUGAAGUCGUUCAUGUGCCCUCUGACGAAGGAGCUAAUGGUGGAUCCGGUCAGUCUUGUAACAGGCUCAUGCUUCGAGCGUGCAUCGAUAACAGCGUGGUUCGCAGAGGGAAACACGACCGAUCCGGUCACUCAGGAGGAACUGAGCGAUAUGACACUGAGGCCGAACAUUCCGGUCAGGCAGUCGAUCGAGGAAUGGCAGGAGCGCAAUUACUGCAUAGGUAUUCUCAGAGCGAAGUCCAUGCUCCAGUCCGAGAGCGAAGGUGAACAAAAAGCUGCGCUCGAUGAGUUGAUCGAGCUGUGCCAGAAGAACAGAACGAACAAAGAUUGGAUCGUCCAAGAAGGCCUCCUGGUCGAUAUCGUCAAAGCUCUUAAGUCCUCGAACAGAGAUAUCAAGCGAGGCAGCUUGGCCGCUCUUCUCGCGCUAGUGCAAAAGAACAAACCAAAUCAAGAGCUUUUGGUCGACGCCGGUGCCCUGGAACAGAUCGUCCGCUGCCUGGGACGAGAAGCGGGCGUGGCGAAAGCAGCUGCCGCAUUGCUCCUUGAGUUGCUGGAAGGGAAUGGCAGCAUGAGUCUCAAAAUUGGGCGAGAGCGUAGCGCCAUUCUGCUGUUGGUGACUCUACUCAAUGGCAAAGACACCGAGGCCGCGCAGCUGGCGAGACUCACUCUGGACAAGCUCUCCGACGAGAAAGACAACGUAGUGGCGAUGGCCAACGCUAAUUGGUGCUCACCCCUCGUGCGAUGUCUGAGCGAAGGUAAGGACGAUGCUACCAAGGUGGUAAUGGCCAACACACUAGCAGCUCUGACCCUCACGGACGAAGCGAAGACCACAAUGGCUGAGAUGCAGGUCGUGCCUCCUCUCGUGCGGAUGAUGGAACUCGGGAAAUUGGAAACAAAAGUAGCUGCCAUGAGAGCUCUGCAGAGCCUUUGUUCUCACCGACUCAUCAAAGGCCACAUUGCCAAAGCAGGUGGAGUGCGUGUGGUGUUGAACCAUCUGCUGUCGGGGAUGUCCACCCUUUAUGUGAGGGAGAAUGCCGCUGUAAUUCUGGAUACUAUAGCCGAAAUUGAUGGCACGGAGUUCUUCGUCGACCGUAGUGGGACUCCAUUACAUGACAGCGAAACUCUCGAGAACCUCCUCGCUGUCUACGAAAAUUCUUUGAACAAUCCCCUUAUCCGGAAACACGUUCUACGUACGCUGCUGGGACUGCUCUCAUCUUCGGAUUCGACGCAAGUCAGAGAUACCCUGAGGAGGUUGCGCGGAAUAUCGCUGCUGCUGCCCAUGAUCGAGGGACACGACCGGGAACUUCGCGAUUGUGUCGUACAAAUACUUCAUCACCUCUCGGCAAGCGGUGGGUCGGAGAUUGCGGAGUACAUGCAGAAACAACAAAACUAUCGAGCUCUGCUGAAAUUGCUCGACAACAGCAUGGCCGAGGAAGUGCAAAUAGCAGCCGCUGGGAUUAUUGCAAACUUGCCCCAACAGGACCCUGUUACAGAGGCCUUAGUAGAAGCUGAAGCCAUCUCCAUACUCGUGGAGGUGCUCAAGACAGGGACCCCAAAGGCUAAGGAAGCUGCAGUUGACGCAUUGGUAAGAUUCACAGACCCGUCCAACACCAAGAUGCAACACUCCGUUGCCAAUCUGGAUGUUCAUUCCCUUCUCGUACGAACGAUGUAUUCUGGAACCGUCAAGAGCAAAGCCAGGGCAGCGACUGCCCUGGGGAAUUUCUCCAAGAGCACUCCUUCUCUCUGUCUAGAGCCCGAGACAAUGUGCAGCUGCUUCGGGACUUCCCGGGCUCCGAAAUGCAAGGUUCAUAGUGGUAGGUGUAGUGUGAAGACAACUUUCUGUAUAGUAGAGGCAGACGCUGUUUCGGGGCUCAUUGUGGUCAUGAGCGAGGAUCGAGGCGCAGCUGCUGAAGCUGCAGUAGAAGCACUAGAAACGCUGGUUGCUGAAGAUGAUACGCUUCAGCCUGCAGCCCAGUUGUUACAUAAUUCUGAUGGAAUCUCCCCCCUCAUUAACAUACUCACUGUAGGUACACCUGAAUUAAAAGAGAAAGCAAUUAGGUUCCUGGAGAGGAUAUUUGUAGCCAAAGGGAUGAAAGAGGUCUACGGAAACAGGUCUCGAAUCCCGCUUGUAGAUCUUGCCACCUUCGGGAGCCACAGCAUCAAAAAGAGUGCUGCGAAAGUGCUGGCCCAGUUAGAAUUUAUUCACGAAGUUUCCACAUAUUAUUGAUCCGCUUAUCAAAGCCGCGAUAAACAUUACUACUACAUUCAGAUUCUUUCACUGUCAUCUGCCCGCUCCGAGUCUAGGGUCGAUCUGUGCCCGUCAUCGGCGAUGAGUUCACUCCUUCCUUGUACAAUAGUCAAGUGCUUAAAAAGAAAAAAUCUUGGACUGCAAGCUGUGGCAGUCCUUUUCUUCUUCGAGAUUGUAACAGUUUGAUACGUCAGAUUCACGCUAACAACGGUAAAUCGCUUCGAAAAUGCGAAAUGUAGAUUGCAGUGCGCGACUUUCAUGUACUUCUUGCGUUUUGACACUGAUAUUACAGC